CUGUCUGUCUGUCUGUCCUCAACCCUGCAGUGUGGUUUAUAACAUCUGUAAAUGAUUCAACCUAAUCCAGACUGUAACCAGCACCCUGCAGAUUAAACAUUACACCGAUGUUAAAGGAACCUGUUGCUUAAAGUGAAACGUCCACUCUGACAUUAACCUUAACUUUAAACGCUAUUUCGAGUUAUAUAUAUAUAUUUCACAUAUAUCUUCAUGCAUAUCUUGUUUAUUGUAUUUUAAUCUAUAUCUGUUUUUGUACCUUUAAAUAUUUGUAUUUUCCACAUGAGUCUUUUGGAUCAGCCUUGUGAUCAAACCCAUCCCUUUAUACGUAUUGUUUUUGAAUGUGGCAGAUACACUUUAAGAUAUUAAUAAAAAUCCUGAUCUUGAACCAUAAACAAAACAUUUCACAAAAAUAUAGUUGUGUUUUGACCCCCCCAGGGCCACCGUAUCAAGGCCUUAUCCUGAGCUACAAGGAUUCUAAUCCUAUUGUUUACUCCUGUACCAAACUUAAUCUCCAGUUAUGUCAACAGCACUUUAGAGAUUUGUAACCCGGAUGUCCCUUAGGUCACCAGGGAUGAAUACUACAUUUCCCAGAAUGCAACUUUCAUCUUAGAUACUCUUUAGAGACGUUUGUAUUAUUAUGUGAUGUAAGCUUCUUGUUUUUAAAACUGCAACCUGAAAAAUAACCUUGAUGAAAUAAUCCUCAGAGUUACUUCUCAACUGUGGGAAACUACACGAGAUGAAGAUGUUACACAACAACCGUUUUCACAAGCUGCAAUUUUUCCUAUAUGUCGUCACUCUGUGGUGACAGGUGACAAAGUAAAUGAAGAGGAAACUAAAACAUUAUUAAUGAAACUUAUCAAGUACAGAUGAUUUCAUAAUGGACGUCAGCGAACCAGAUUCACGAGUUAGAAAAUGAUUUAAACUUCACAUGUGUAGCUGAGAUAUAAGAUAUGGGAUCAGAUAUCAGAUAAGAAUAUCUCCUGGAAGAAUCUUGGAGAAUAAGUUUGUGCAUUUGUGAAAAUAGGAAAUAUUUACAGAGAAGAUGAUUCAGAGUCAAAUUUAAUGGGAUGUUACCCUUGAUAGCAAAGUAAUGGUGACACAUAUAUCACAUAUGUUAUAUCUCAUAUCAUAUCAUAAAUCGCAUCAAAUCUAAUAUCCCAUCAUUCCCUUCCGUUGCUUCUGUCUGUCAGGCUGACAGGGUGAUGGCAGCACAGUGGUUGUGUAGUCCUUGUAUUUGUACGCCGCCUAGCGGUGGCAGGUGGAAAUGUGCACUGUUGAAUGUGCCAGGGGCCAUUUUGAACCACACGGCGGUGUCAGCCCACUGUUGACUGGUGAGAGGAGCGUGAGAGACACAAAUAAACAAGAAGAGACACAAACUGUGGAUUGUAAACAGCAAAGUCGUGGGCUGUAUUGGACAUAAUUGCAUUUUACUGAUGGGGGGAGUAAGUGAAGGAGAUGAUGUGUUGGCUCGAUGGAGUGAUGGACUACUGUACCUCGGCAAUGUAAAAAGAGUCGACGGCGUCAAGCAAUGCUGCCUGGUGAGAUUUGAGGACAACUCCGAGUUCUGGGUGCUGAGAAAGGACAUUCACUCGUUUGCCGCCGGAGUGGAAGAAGUUUGCUGUAUCUGUGACGCUCCGCCUCUUAAAGAACCUCUCAUAAAUUGUCUGAAAUGUCGCCACGGUUAUCAUCCAGAGUGCCACACGCCAGCCAUCGAACCGGAAGCUGACAGCGACUCGUGGAUAUGUCGGCAAUGUGUCUUUGCAGUCGCAACCAAGAGAGGCGGGGCCCUGAAGCGGGGACGCUUCGCCCGGCUCAUGCAGUUCAUGAAGCUCCGACUCCCCUACCAGCUGUCGUCUCUGGACUGGGACCCGCAGCACCUGACCAAUCAGCAGCAGUGUUACUGCUACUGUGCCGGACCUGGAGAGUGGAACCUGAAGAUGCUGCAGUGCGGAGGCUGUGGUCAGUGGUUCCACGAGGCCUGCACACAGUGUCUCACCAAGCCCUUACUGUAUGGAGACAGGUUCUAUCAGUUCCAGUGCUCUGUGUGCACAAAGGGACCAGAGACCAUUCAGAGACUACCCAUGACCUGGGUGGACUUGGCUCACUUAGUGCUCUACCAUCUCUCGCUGUGCUGCAAGAGGAAAUACUUUGAUUUCGACCAUGAAAUCCUGUCCUUCACCAACGAGAACUGGGACUCGCUGCUCCUGGGCGCGCUCUCUGACACGCCGAAGCAGGACCGCUGUCACAAUCUCCUCAACGCGCUGAACUCCCACAAGGACAGGUUUGUCUCCGGAAAGGAGAUCAAGAAGAAGAAGUGUCUUUUUGGGCUCCAGGUCCGAGCCCCGCCUCCGCUGACCUCCGAUUCGUCUCCUCUUAUCACGGAGCCGCCGAUCAACAUCACACACCGCAGAAGCCCGCUGUCACUGCCCUGCCAGAGGAGAGUCGGGGGGCCCGACGCCCGUAAAUCAAAGCGUCGCAUCAUGGAGACACAGGCUUGUCCACCGCCGGUCGCUGCCAACCCCAUCGAGCUGCUGCCAUGUUGUCAGGGCUACAUGGGAGAGGCCAACCUCUACAACUCCAGGAAGUCCGAGGAGGAGGAGCUCAACCUGAGCUCUCCUCCCAAACGGAUGUACGGCCGCUACCACUCCACCUACAAUGGAAACACUGGUCUCUCCAGGAGCCUCCAUCACUACAACAGCAUGGAGGACACCUGCCGGUUACCACCACCCUGCUUCCCAUACCCUCUCAAUACCAACGGCAGCCAUAACCACCACCACCUCCACCAGCACCAUCACAACAACCAACACAACAACAACCACCACCAACACCAGCACCAGCACCAACAGGGGCAGAAGCCGCUGGAGCCCCUCAUCCUACGAGAUUUGCCUCCUUACCAGGCCGACAUGGGCGGUGGCGGUGGCCUAGGUGGAGGUGGAGGUGGAGGAGGAGGCGGAGGAGGAGGAAUCGGAGGAGGCGGGACAGUGGCCAGGAGCUGGGGUGGAGGGGAGGCGGUGAGGAUCUUGGCGAGGCGCGUGACGCCGGACGGGAAGGUUCAGUACCUGGUGGAGUGGGACAACGUGGGUUUGUACUGAGAGCAAACAGGAAACAGAAGGACGGCUCCGCGGCUGCCACUGGACUCCUGUGUGUCGAGUACACACAAAACACGAAGGAGAAAAAAUAGAAAAACUCACAACACGUCGCAAAAAAUCCAGGUUGCUCUCACAGCAUCACCUCUGCUCGGCAUCAUUAUAACCUCACUACUCGGUAUUAUUGUCCCUCUUUGCUAGUGUUUCUCUGAUAUUUGUACUGUUAACUUUGGAAUAUGCCUUUGCAUUUAUCAUGUUUUGCAGCGAUGAGGGGAAAUAGUCAAACCUCCAGAGGAUUUGUGAGAUUACUGCUUUUUGUUAUUUGCUAAAAUAUAGGAUUAGUUCCCACAAAUAAAACAAAAAACUUAAAAAAAAUAUAACAUGCUGCCAAUUUGAUAUAUUUUGAGAAAUAUGCUUAUUUGCUCUCUUACAAGAUGGAGACAAUAAUUAAAUGGCCAAAUGUUGAAAACAGAUCAUUCUUCCACUGCCUCUAAAGUGUUAAAAGUUUUCUUUUAAUUUGUGAAGGAACCAAAAGUUUGGAGGUACAGGAUCAUGAGGAUUAUAUCUGUUUUAAAUUCUACUGUGGUGAUAAAUCUUAUUUGA